AAAUGUGCUAUUUGUAGACCAGAUAAAUUCAUUUGAGAAGGAUUUAUGUAGGCUAAGCUUUCUAGUACAUAGUUUACCAAAGCUUUUUGCUCGAGCACCUGUUAACCUGCUGUUCACUUCAUGAGUCUUGAACUGUAGGCCUGUUGUUUUAAUCAGUUUUGAAUCAGCUUGAUUUCAUAAUUUUAUAUAAUACAGAAUUAACAGUGAUCUGCUCAGAACUGAGUAAGCCAAAGUCUCUGAUUAAGCAGAUAUAUUUCUAAUGAAGCCCCUCAUCUUCAGCUGAUCUUCCUGCCAGUUUAACAGAACUUGUUGUCGAGUCAUGGCUCCCAAAAAGAAACCAGACCCCUUAAAAAUAGGUGGCAGUGAAGGAGCAAAGAACACAGCCUUAAAUAUAGGAGCUGCCUCAGAAGCAAACCUUGAGGCCCUGCAGAAGAAACUAGAGGAGUUGGACCUGGAUGAACAGCAGAAGAAGCGUUUAGAAGCCUUCCUCACACAAAAAGCCAAAGUAGGAGAGCUGAAGGAUGAUGACUUUCAGCGCAUUUGUGAGCUCGGUGCAGGAAACGGAGGUGUGGUUAAUAAAGUCUGCCACAAACCCUCAGGACUGAUCAUGGCCAGAAAGAUGAUUCAUCUUGAGAUCAAGCAAGCAAUCAGGAACCAGAUCAUUAGAGAGUUGCAGGUCCUACAUGAGUGCAACUCUCCUUAUAUAGUGGGCUUUUAUGGAGCUUUCUACAAUGAUGGAGAGAUCAGCGUCUGUAUGGAGCACAUGGAUGGAGGCUCUCUGGAUCAAGUACUCAAAGAGGCUCGGAGAAUUCCUGAAGAAAUCCUAGGAAAAGUCAGUAUAGCUGUUUUAAGAGGUCUUGCAUAUCUCAGAGAAAAACAUCAGAUCAUGCAUAGAGAUGUCAAGCCAUCAAACAUAUUGGUAAACUCUAGAGGGGAAAUCAAGCUGUGUGAUUUUGGAGUGAGUGGCCAGCUCAUUGACUCCAUGGCCAAUUCUUUCGUAGGCACAAGGUCGUACAUGUCUCCGGAGCGACUGCAGGGGACUCAUUACUCAGUGCAGUCGGAUGUUUGGAGUAUGGGACUGUCUCUAGUGGAACUGGCUAUUGGACGCUACCCUAUCCCCUCCCCUGACGCAAAGGAGCUGGAGGCUAUUUUUGGUCGCCCCAUAGCCGACGGAGAAAUGCAGAGUACUUCCCCACGACCCAGACCUCCAGGAAGACCCGUCAGCGGUCAUGGCCCUGUCAUGGCUAUAUUUGAACUGCUGGAGUACAUAGUCAAUGAGCCUCCUCCUAAACUGCCUCAAGGAGUCUUCACUGCAGAUUUCCACGACUUUGUGACCAAAUGUCUUAUCAAAAACCCUGCAGAUAGAGCAGACCUGAAGAUGCUAAUGAACCACACGUUCAUUAAGCGCGCUGAAGUGGAGGAGGUCGACUUUGCAGGCUGGCUGUGUAAAACAAUGGGGCUUAACCAACCCAGCACACCCACCCGGACGUCAGAAUAACUGAGUGACGGAAGCACUUUCAGUCUCACUCGCUCACCUUCAGUCUCUCUGCUUCACUGGGACACACUGAACCAACUUUUAGUUGAAGUCAAACGUUUAGAUACACUUUAUACGCCUGUGUGGCGUAUAUCAUGGCAGUUUUGGCAUUUUCAGGAGCAUAAAUAUUUUAAACACAUUAUUUUGACAUUUCCACAAGUGACACAAUUUGUCAGCUCUGAAUUUACAUACAGCAUCUAAGAUUAUUCAGUGUGUGAUAAAAAAAAUAGCCUGAACGAAUUCCUGUCUAGUGAUUAAUUGACUCUUGCAGGAGGCUUCAGCCCAUAUAAAUAGAGCUCGUCUGACUGCACCCAUUACAAAUGCAACGGAAAUUUCGGGGUGGGAAAAACAGGCCCACCAUACUUAGGAAUCUGCUGGAUUUGAGAUGCUACUGUCUACAGUCAAGUUAGCUUUACAUCAUCAUGGGCUUUAAAGGCUGUUGUGCAAGUAAAAAAAAGCCCCUGCUUCUGCUUUUCUAUUGUUUAUGUGAUUAGCUACGAACUUCAAUCAUGCUUUAAUGUGCUUUUUUGGAGCAGGGGCUGUUUUGUACUGCAGCCUUUAAGCCCAUGGCAAUGUCAAGCAUGCUCGUCUGUGUUAAAUGCUUAUACUGUAGCUGUAUGUAUUCUUUUAAUCCAGCUGGUUUUGCUAUUAUUUUAAAAAGAAACUCACUUUCUUAACCACUUAUCCAAUUAGGGUUGCGGUGCUGGAGCCUAUUCCAGCUUUUCAAUGGGCGAAAGGCUCAGUAACAUUUAACUUAAUAAAAUACAUACGUUGAAUUUAUAAAAAGGACAUCUUUGGACAAUUGUGUAAAUGUUUCAAUGACUUUGUCACAGAAAAAGCAUACAUUUUUUAAAAAUACAUAUGUAUGUAAACGUUUGACUUCACCUGUACAUUGCAAUCAUUCUACAUCCUGUUUUAUAGAGUAUCUUGCUCGUUGAAAUAUCACAAAUUAACUGUACUUUUGCAUCCACACAUGCAUGCACGAAUCAAAUUAAGGCGUCUCAGGUGAAUCUUGCAUAAGGAAAUACUUGUAUAGAUAUAAACAAUCUUUAUCUGGACCUACAUUAUAUGCUACAGUUAAUAUAUGCAGUAAAAUAUUAAAUGUUCCCCUUAA